AUGUUACCAGAAUCAAGCUUUUUUUCUGUUACUGAGCCAAAAAAUGAACAAGAACUCAGAAAAUUAGUUAAAAAGCUUGCUUUGGAUUUAAGAGCCUAUAUGGCAUAUGAAGCAGCUUCGAAGCCACUAUAUGAAAAAUAUCAAAAACAAAUAGAAGAACUACAAUUACAGGAAAAGAAUUUAAAAUCAGAAAUAAAAGCGAUUAGCAAAAGAAAUGCUGCACAAUCUUCAAAAACUGAAACAAAAAUUUCUGAAGAUGAGAUAAAAGAUUACCAAAUGCAAAUAGUUGAAAAAGAAGAGGAAUUGAGAAGCUUGUUAAAACAAAGAAAGAAACUUAUGCAAGAAUUAUCUAAAUAG